AUGACCUUAGCACCCUUAGACGCCUCCAAAGUCAGGAUAACUACCACAGAACACCCAUCUAAACCAAAACCGAAUGGUGAAUUGGUGUUUGGCAAGAGCUUCACCGAUCACAUGCUAGCUGUGGAAUGGACUGCAGAAAAAGGGUGGGGUAUCCCAGAGAUCAAGCCCUAUCAAAACUUGUCAUUGGACCCUUCCACGAUUGUUUUCCAUUAUGCUUUCGAAUUAUUCGAAGGGAUGAAGGCUUACAAGACGGUGGAUAACAAAAUUACAAUGUUUCGUCCAGAUAUGAACAUGAAGCGCAUGAAUAAGUCUGCUGAAAGGAUCUGUUUGCCAACAUUCGACCCAGAAGAGUUGAUUGCCCUAAUUGGGAAGCUGAUCCAGCAAGAUAAGUACUUAGUUCCUGAAGGAAAAGGAUACUCUUUAUAUAUCAGACCUACUUUAAUCGGCACUACGGCCGGCUUAGGGGUUUCUACGCCUGACAGAGCCCUGCUAUAUGUCAUUUGUUCUCCUGUGGGUCCUUACUACAAAACUGGGUUCAAGGCGGUCAGGCUGGAAGCCACUGAUUAUGCUACAAGAGCUUGGCCAGGAGGCUGUGGUGACAAGAAACUAGGCGCAAACUACGCUCCCUGCGUCCUGCCACAAUUGCAAGCUGCUUCAAGAGGUUAUCAACAAAAUUUGUGGCUCUUUGGUCCGAAUAACAACAUCACCGAAGUAGGCACCAUGAACGUCUUUUUUGUGUUCAAAGAUAAUGAAACGGACAAGAAGGAACUAGUUACUGCCCCGCUAGACGGUACUAUUUUGGAAGGUGUUACUAGGGAUUCCAUUAUAAACCUUGCUAAGGAGAGACUCAACCCAAAUGAAUGGACUAUUAGUGAACGCUACUACACUAUAGGCGAAGUUGCUGAGAAAUCCAAGAACGGUGAACUACUGGAGGCCUUCGGUUCCGGUACUGCUGCAACUGUUUCUCCUAUCAAGGAGAUCGGCUGGAAAGGUGAGAAAAUUAAUAUUCCAUUGUUGCCCGGUGAACAAACAGGCCCAUUGACUAAAGAAGUUGCACAAUGGAUUAAUCAAAUCCAAUACGGCGAGGUUGAACAUGACAAUUGGUCAAGGGUUAUAACUGAUUUAAACUAA